GGGCGUCGUCGUGUUCAUUAAAUAAUGUAGAGAACUUUGCCAACUUUGAACUUCUUCACAUUCCAUUACACUCAUAGAAUGUUAUCAGUCAAAGCAGUACUUGCCAGAUCCGGUGUGAAACCUCUAUCUGGACCAUUUGUGAAACCUAUCCAGGCUCGAUUCAUGUCGACCGAGGAUCCGGAUAGUUUUAGACCGUAUCCCUUCAUAGGGAUUUGCGCUGAUGAUAAGCAGCGAUUGAAGAUAGAAAAUCAGAUCAAUUCCUGCUGGAAGCCAGAUUUUCCCGUGAAAGCACCGAAAUUAAUCACUCGCGAAGAGUUUGACCUGGAUCCACCAACAUGGAAGACUCCUGAGGGCGAACCAAGCUUCAACAUCAAUAACUUCUACAAUAACCUUCAUACCCGCGUUUUAGGAAGAAAUCUGCUAUACUCACACGAGUUAAACAGUACCCAGAGUAUCUUAAAGGAGAACUUUGCCGGCUUCCAGUCCGGACUUCUCUGCGUAGCCGACCGCCAAACGAACGGUCACGGCCGAACCAACAACAAAUGGAACUCUCCCUACGGGUGUCUGAUGUUCAGUUUCAAGACCUACAUCGAGAAUCAGCGCGACUUGCCUCUCCUUCAGUAUCUCGCCACGCUCGUGAUGUGCAGCUCUCUAGAAGCUGUGUACGAUACGGGCGACAUGAACAUCGGCAUCAAGUGGCCGAACGAUAUUUACUACGACGGGCGGCUGAAAGUGGGCGGCGUGAUUUGCCAGUCUGCGUACACUGGAAAAAUGUGGGAUGUGACGAUCGGAAUCGGAAUUAACAUUUCGAACAAGCAGCCCACGACGUGUAUGGAUGAGAUCGCAUCGAAGCUGGAGAAGCGAGAAGUGUUUUUAGGGCGAUCGACCGUUCUGGCUUCAUUUUGUAACCAGUUCGUGGAGGCGAUUCGGACGUUCCGUAUGUAUGGGUUCGAACCGUUCAUGAACGAUUACUUGGAUACUUGGCUGCACAAUGAGGAGGUUGUGACGGUGGAGUCGGAUCUCGAUCCCGAGGAUAAGUGCAAAGCUGUGAUUACCGGGAUCAGUCCAUUGAGCGGAAUGCUGUUGGCGAAGAAGGAGGAUGGAAGCGUAUUAGAGCUAUAUCCAGACACGCAUUCCAUGAAUUUGAUGGACAAGUUGAUUUAUAAGAAAAAACUCAAUUUGUGUGUUUGUUGGAAUUAA